AUGGAAAGAGUUUACUGUGGCAUGGUGGGGGAGUUGCCGGUGGGGAGGCCUCUAGAGCGGCCGCUGACUCAGCGGCGACCUCGAGUACUGCCUGCCGCAAGGCGAGGUCCCGUGCCGGUGUCGUUGUGGUCGUCCAUGGACCUCCUCACCGGCAACCACCCGACCCAGCCGCUGAGCCCUCAGGAGGACCGAGCUGCAGCGGCCCAACCAGCAGUAGUUGAUAUGGAGCUUUGCUCAGUUCCUUCACCUGCUUUACACGUUGAAGUUGGAGGGAGUGGAACCUCCACACCUAAUCGGACUCCAACGUCCCGAAAGCGAAAUGCAUCGGACCACAAUGACAUGGGGGCUAAACGGCGUCUAAUUACUUCCUCGUCAUCUUCGUCGCGUCCUCUAAGGGAUAUUGAAAUAUCCAACGCCCUUAAUUAUGGCAGCGACGAGGACUCCGAAGAAGAUGGCGAAGAAGAAAUUGGACUCCAAUCCACCAUAGUCCCCAGGGUGGUACAAAUGUUCGCGGCAUCGGAGGAUGAGGGUGAAGUUCCGCCUCUAAAAAGCUCUAUUCAAAAUGAGGUAGUCAAUAACAUGCUCAGAAUAGCGCCCGGAGCUGUUAAUAUUUGCUGUCGAACCUACGCAAUGCAUGAAAUUCCAGACAGGCUCAAGGAUGUACCAACAAGCGCAAACCCGAGAUUUUUUGAUAUGGUGGAAUACUUCUUCCACAGAGCGUGCCAGGUAAUUGAGGACAAAUUGGUUGAAGACAUGAAGUCGAGAGUGUCAAUAGAAGAGAAGAAAAAGAAAGUAGCCGGUAUAUUGAAACUUAUGCAGCCAUGUGACCAUAUCUUGGAGAUUCAAUUUCCCUUAAAACGUGACUCAGGAGAUUACGAAAUGAUUCUUGGGUACCGGGCUCAACAUUCUUCACACAGGACCCCGACGAAAGGAGGUAUUCGAUUCUCAACGGACGUGACGAGGGACGAAGUGAAGGCGCUGUCUGCCUUAAUGACCUUCAAAUGCGCCUGUGUGGAUGUUCCCUUCGGUGGCGCUAAAGCUGGCAUUAAGAUCAACCCUAAGGAAUAUUCCGAACAUGAGCUGGAGAAGAUCACCCGUCGUUUUGCACUCGAGCUCGCUAAAAAGGGAUUUAUCGGGCCCGGCGUGGAUGUCCCUGCUCCUGACAUGGGAACAGGCGAACGUGAGAUGUCCUGGAUAGCAGACACGUACGCCAAGACCAUCGGUUACAAAGAUAUCAACGCUCACGCUUGUGUCACCGGGAAACCAAUUAAUCAGGGAGGUAUCCACGGCAGAGUUUCCGCUACUGGCAGAGGAGUGUUCCACGGAUUGGAGAACUUCAUCAAUGAAGCCAACUACAUGAGCAUGAUUGGAACAACCCCUGGUUGGGGCGGCAAAACAUUCAUCGUGCAGGGCUUCGGUAACGUGGGACUGCACACAUGCCGCUACCUCGUCCGUGCUGGAGCCACUUGCAUUGGAGUCAUCGAACACGAUGGCGCCAUUCAUAACCCUGAGGGUAUCGACCCUAAGGCCCUGGAGGACUACAGAAUUGAGAACGGCACAAUUGUUGGCUUCCCUGGCGCAAAACCGUACGAGGGAGAGAACAUGCUCUAUGAGAAAUGUGACAUCUUGGUGCCUGCCGCUGUUGAACAAGUCAUUCACAAAGAAAAUGCUCAUAAAAUACAAGCCAAGAUCAUUGCUGAAGCGGCUAAUGGCCCCACAACACCAGCUGCUGACAAGAUUCUCAUCGAUCGCAACAUCCUGGUCAUUCCUGAUCUGUACAUAAACGCCGGUGGUGUGACUGUCUCCUUCUUCGAGUGGCUCAAAAACCUCAACCAUGUCUCUUAUGGACGUCUUACAUUCAAAUAUGAACGGGAAUCCAACUACCAUCUGUUAGAAUCCGUACAAGAAUCCCUUGAAAGACGUUUCGGCCGCGUUGGAGGUCGCAUUCCAGUGACGCCUUCUGAAUCCUUCCAGAAGAGAAUUUCCGGAGCUUCCGAGAAAGACAUUGUUCACUCUGGUCUAGACUACACUAUGGAAAGAUCUGCAAGAGCUAUAAUGAAGACCGCUAUGAAGUUCAACUUGGGCCUAGACCUGAGAACAGCGGCGUACGCCAACUCCAUCGAGAAAAUAUUCACAACAUACGCAGACGCUGGUCUGGCGUUCUAA